AGCUCAGGGUCCGGGAGAGGGAAGGACCGCCUCUCCCUCCAGCCCCUCCAGCCCCUCCAGCCCCUCCAGCCCCUCCAGCCCCUCCAGCCCCUCCAGCCCCUCCAGCCCAGCGGCCAGAGGGGCGGCACCGGGCCCGGGCACCGAGCCACCCCCUACGGGCAGGGCGGCCGGGGCGGCGCUUGGACUGACCCUGGAGAGCCAGUCCUGCCCAGCCCUGCCCAGCUCCGCGGGGGGCACCUCAACUUGGAGGUCUCCUCCCCCCGGACCCGGGCGCAUUUGGGUUUCUCCGCGGGGACCCACCGCCGGCUCGUCACCCCAAUGGAUGCCAUCCUGGUCGUGUGGGCGUGUGUGAGCGCAGCCAGGGCAGUGGUAGGCUUUGGAAUGGAUCCCGACUUACAAAUUGAUAUUAUUACUGAGCUAGACCUCGUGAAUACCACCAAUGGAGUUACUCAGGUCUCUGGACUACACAAUGCUAGCAAAGCAUUUUUAUUUCAAGAUCUGGAAAGAGAGAUCCACGCAGCCCCCCAUGUGAGCGAGAAGUUAAUUCAGCUGUUUCGGAAUAAGAGUGAAUUCACUUUUUUGGCUUCCGUACAACAGAGACCGUCAACAUCAGGAGUCCUUCUGUCCAUCCGAGAGCUGGAACACAGCUAUUUUGAACUGGAGAGCAACGGUCUGAGGGAUGAGAUAAGAUACCACUAUAGAUUCAACGGAAAAUCAAGAACAGAGGCGUUUCCAUACCGGAUGGCAGAUGGACAGUGGCACAAGAUUGCCCUGUCAGUUAGUGCAUCUCAUCUUUUGCUCCACGUGGACUGCAACAGAAUUUAUGAACGUGUGAUAGACCCCCCAGAAACAAAUCUCACACCAGGCAGCAGUUUGUGGCUUGGGCAGCGGAACCGAAAACAUGGUCUUUUUAAGGGUAUCAUUCAAGAUGUGAAAGUCGUCUUUAUGCCUAAUGGAUAUAUAACUCAAUGCCCUAACCUGAAUCGCACAUGUCCAACCUGCAGUGAUUUCUUAAGCCUCGUGCAAGGAAUAAUGGAUUUGCAGGAGCUUUUGGCCAAAAUGACUGCAAAACUAAAUUAUGCAGAGACAAGGCUCAGUCAGUUGGAAAGUUGUCAUUGUGAGAAGACCUGUCAAGUAAAUGGACUGAUAUAUCGAGACAAAGACUCAUGGGUAGAAGAUGAUCACUGCAGGAAUUGCACAUGCAAAAGUGGAGUGGUGGAAUGCAGGAGAAUGGCUUGUCCCCAUCUCAAUUGCUCUCCUGACUUCCUUCCUGUGCACAUCAGCAGCCAGUGCUGUAAAGCCUGCAGACCUAAAUGUAUCUAUGGAGGAAAAGUACUAGCAGAAGGCCAGAGGAUUUUAACUAAGAGCUGUCGGGAAUGCCGGAGUGGAGUUUUAGUAAAAGUCACAGAAAUGUGUCCUCCUCUGAACUGCUCAGAAAAAGAUCAAAUCCUUCCAGAGAACCAAUGUUGUAAUGUUUGCCGAGGCCAUAAUUUUUGUGCCGAGGGACAUAGAUGUGGUGAAAAUUCCGAGUGCAAAAACUGGAACUCCAAAGCUACUUGUGAAUGUAAGAACGGUUAUGUCUCUGUCCAAGGAGACUCCACCUAUUGUGAAGAUAUUGAUGAGUGUGCUGCUAAGAUGCAUUAUUGUCAUGCCAAUACAAUGUGUGUAAACCUGCCUGGAUUGUAUCGCUGUGACUGUGUCCCAGGAUAUAUCCGCGUGGAUGAUUUCUCAUGUACAGAACAUGAUGAAUGUGGUAGUGGACAGCAUGAUUGUGAUAGGAAUGCAAUCUGCACUAAUACUGUCAGGGGACAUAGUUGCACCUGCAAACCCGGAUACGUGGGGAAUGGAACCAUCUGCCGAGCAUUUUGUGAAGAAGGAUGCAGGUAUGGUGGAACAUGUGUGAGCCCUAACAAGUGUCUCUGCCCAUCUGGAUUCACGGGAAGCCAUUGUGAAAAAGAUAUUGAUGAAUGUGAGGAAGGAAUCAUUGAGUGUCACAACCAUUCACGCUGUGUUAACCUGCCAGGGUGGUACCACUGUGAGUGCCGAAGCGGUUUCCAUGACAAUGGGACCUACUCAGUUUCCGGGGAGUCCUGUAUUGACAUCGAUGAAUGUGCCUUAAGAACUCAUACCUGUUGGAAUGAUUCAGCUUGUGUGAACUUGGCAGGUGGCUUUGACUGCCUUUGUCCUUCAGGACCAUCUUGUACUGGUGACUGCCCUCAUGAAGGUGGCUUAAAGAGGAAUGGUCAGGUAUGGAUGCUGAAAGAAGACAGGUGUUCUGUUUGUUCCUGUAAGGAUGGGAAGAUAUUCUGCCGCAGGACAGCUUGUGAUUGUCAGAACCCAAGUGUUGAUCUCUUCUGUUGCCCGGAAUGCGACACCAGAGUCACUAGUCAAUGCUUAGACCAGAACGGACAUAAACUCUAUCGGAGUGGAGACAAUUGGACUUAUAGCUGUCAACAGUGCCGCUGCCUGGAAGGGGAAGUGGACUGCUGGCCCCUUACCUGCCCCGAUUUGACCUGUGAAUACACAGCCAUUUCAGAAGGGGAGUGCUGCCCUCACUGUGUCAGCGACCCAUGCCUGGCUGAGAACGUCGCCUACGAUAUUCGAAAAACUUGUCUAGAUACCUAUGGUGUUACCCGGCUCAGUGGCUCCAUAUGGACAAUGGCGGGAUCGCCCUGUACCACCUGCAAGUGCAAGAAUGGAAGCGUAUGCUGUUCUGUGGAUUUAGAGUGUCUUCAUAAUAACUGAAGUACUAAGCAUGGACUCUUUCGUGUGAGGAAAACUGAUACAGUGAUCAUCCAAAAUGAAGAGUAGGAUUUGGUGUUUUAUACGACAGACAAUUACCCAAGUCUUCAUAAAAGGAAGAUGUUUGGGAGUUGCCUAUGGGACCUGCCGCUACACUCAUCCUUGAUAGCCUUGUGUAGGUGAUGACACAGUGCAACGCAUAUACGUCUAUGGUUGUUUAAAAAAAAAACCAAACUUUUCAGUGUUGUAAAUCACAUCCUUUCCCUGUCAACUCAUUUGCUAACAUGUUUAAAUUCUUACAUGGUAAACUUCGAUGUAUUUUUGGUUUACUUUGUGUACUAACAUGAUAGAAAUUCAGUUUAUUUUAUUUUUGGAUCUAGAUUCUACAAAUAAAGUUGCUUGUUGUGAUUUUGUCCUAAACAGAGCAUACUGAGCUCUGAAAUCCCUGUCAGAUGUAUUUAUGAAAAUAUGUAUGUAUGUACAGUCAGAUUGGAUAGUACUUAUAAUUCAUAGUUGUCAGGCAUUUGAAGACAUUCUAAUGUCCAUUUGCCCUGGGCAAGCCAGGAGGUAAUCAAAAUGAAAUACAGAUUUAAAAAAUCAGCCAAAAGUAUAAUAAAUUGGGAAAACUCACUCCUUCUUGCCUUUCCCCUACUCUUCUCCAAUCAUAUCAAUAUGCGAUAUUAAAACCUUUUUCUAUCUUCAUUCUACCUAGUUACAUCACAGAAGAAAAACAUCACACAUUCAUGUUAGGGUUAGCAAAAAUUUGUUCGUUUUUGGAAAGGACCUGCAACUGUUAGAUGUGAGUGUGUUGGUAAAAUAAAGCAAAUAGAAGGUGUUCAAGGAUUCUAUAUGUUAAUGAUGUAUCUAUUUUAUAAUACUAAAUAUUUGAGUUACUAUCAAAAUGAAGCAGCUGGCAAUUACUAGUAUGUUUGUGCAAACCAGAAAAAAAGAUGUUUAGAGCACUGUGCUUCAGUUGAUAUUCAAAUAUACUUUGCAGUUUUGAGGCAUAUCAGCUCUGAGAGAUUAGUGAUGCCAUAGACCUCACUUUCUAUUACAAGGGGAUAGUCAAGAGUGAAUUUGUUACUUUUUUUUAACUAGCCUGACACUGAGAAAGCUAAUUUAUAAAGUUAAUUUUGCACAAAAUGGUAUUUUAAAUUGAAAAUCUUCACUAAAAUGAAAAAAGCCCAACCCUGUUACCUAUUGAAGUUGUUCUAAUUCAGCAGUAACUUUUAAUGUUUUUGAAACGAAGUUCAUAGUAUUGAAAAUAAUUUUAUUUCUUUUUAAAUAUUAUUUAAUUUCAAUACCACUUAAAAAUGAUAGCAACUACAAUUUAAAUGCCAUAUGUGAAAAUAGGUCCUGAGUAUGUUCUGCAGUAUUGACUGCAGUCCUCCUUCUUGAUGUUGUUUUUAAUUAAACACUAACUUUGGAAAGACUUUCUUUUUAAAAUAAGCAUGGUUGCUAAGAUUUGAAAAGAAAGGUUCACUAUGGGAAUGCUCACAACUUCAUUCAGGGAAAAGUGACACUAAUAUGACUGAUCUUUACUGUAAAUGAUUGAAUAUGAUUGCACAUUUAAAUACUGUAUUUUCAAUGUGUCACUUCACAAAUUAUCACAAUUUUUAAUUUUCCCAAAGUAUUCAUUAGCAAUUACUGUUUGGAUUAAGUGUGUUUGUUUUACAGUUUCAAUCUAAAACAUAUGUAUAUACUUUCUUAAAAGCACAGUUUCAUUCUUCCCCAGGUUCAUGUCAUUUAUGUUGCUUGAGAAAAAUAUAUGAUCACAAAUAAACAGCUGCCCACUCCUG